GCAUCGUUCGCAGGCCGUUGGCACUGUUUGUCAUCGCAGGCCGCUACAUUGCUACCUUCGCGGCCACCUUAUUAACGCCCCGCGGCCACUCUGCCAAACACAGCCAACAUGAUUCUGACGACAUGCAGAGACACUCAGUGCAUCGCUGAGGCAGACACACCGAUGGCGCCUUCAGCCUUUGACACGUGCGAGGCGUGAGUAGCACACGCUUGGCUCACUCAGCCACACACACACAGAUAAACAGGUAGACAGACACAGAAAUGCGCCGACAGACAGAGAAACGCACCCAAACAGAUACACACAGACACGCAAUUCUGCGGCCCACGGCAGACUGAGACAAGCUGCUGCGUGCCCAGCUAAGUGGCAGGGACCUGGCAGGCUACAAAAUGAUGAUGUCCUGACGACAUGGCCAAAGUGUCCACACACGUAUGCUAUCCACACGGACGGCAUUGAUCAAAAAUCCCCCGACCGACGCCCACCAAUGCAACUCGUGCAACUCACGGGCCGCCAAAACCAAUCAACUCCUACCCAGCCAUCCACGCAACGCGCUGCGCUGGCAACACCUUUCAACGCCACAUGCGUGCAAACACACACAUGCACUUCACUCCCGUCCCGCCACGCAACGACACACACCGACUGACGACAGUCUGUCUGUCUGGCUGUCUGUCUGUCAGGGUGUGCAUCAUGCAGCCUCGCUGGAGAAAUGACCAAUAAAAGACAGACACACAGAUAAAAACCCACACGUCACACACAUGUUGGUUGCAUUCAUUUGUGUCAUUCAGGACUCAGAGGCCUGAGACGGCCUCCAGUAUGGGCACCACGCUGCGAGUGAAAGCUCCCUGAUGCUCGUUGUUGACAGUGUCCACCACCGCCAGUCUGCUACCCUGCGAGUUGCCGAAACCGACGUGGCCGUACACAUAGCCGAGGCCGAUCCCAUCCAUCUGCAGCUCCAUCGUGCCCAGACCUGCAGGCAUUUGAUACACCCACACACACACACCACAAGCCUGGGUGCCAGUGAGAGCUUCUCUCUCUGUGUGUGUCAGUGGUCGUUUUACCGUAGUAGAUCCAAUCAGCAUUGCUGAAGGAGGAAGCUGCCUGCCCUGCGUCGAGGGCGUGUGCCAGUGC